CCCACGCUCAGAGCUGCUGGCAGGAAGGCCAUUUGCAGCUCAGUUUCUCGCACCUCAGACCACGGCCAGACCUCACGUUUCCUCUGCUCCCCCCGUCCCUCCCCACUCCUUGCCCGCACUCCAUCUCCUGCCCUCAGCCGCAGCUCUGUGUCCCUCCUUGCAGACAGCCCAUCGGCUCCGGUCAACGUCACAGUCAAACACCUGAAAGCCAACUCAGCCGUAGUGACUUGGGACGUUCUGGAGGACGAAGUUGUCAUCGGAUUUGCCAUUUCCCAGCAGUGUGAGCCAUUCCUUCUCGUCCUGUCCCAUGGUCUGAGGGGGAACUGCUUCCCAUCCUCCUUGCAGCAGCGCUCGGUGUGCCGCUCGCUGCAGAGGUCUCCGUGCCCAUGGUGGACAGGGCAGGAAGCGGUGGUUUCAGACACCAGCAGUGCACGCAGGAGGUCCCUCUGCCACUCUGUGCUCUCCUCUCUCGGCUUCCAGAAGAAGGACGUGCGGAUGCUGCGCUUCAUCCAGGAGGUGAACACCACCACCCGCUCCUGUGCCCUCUGGGACCUAGAGGAGGACACUGAGUACAUUGUGCAUGUCCAGGCCAUCAGCAUCCAAGGCCAGAGCCCUGCCAGUGAGCCAGUCCUCUUCAAGACCCCCAGGGAAGCUGAGAAACUGGCUUCUAAAAAUAAAGAUGAGGUGACGAUGAAGGAGAUGGCGAAGAAAAACCAACAGCUGCGUGCAGGGGAAAUACUCAUCAUUGUGGUGGUGUUGUUUAUGUGGGCAGGUCAGUUCCAUCUCUCUGUCCAAGCACGUCGUUCCCUGCCCUGUGUGCGUGCGGCCCCUGCACCCCAGGAGCUGCAAUCAGGUGUGAUCGCCCUGUUCUGCAGGCAGUACGACAUCAUCAAAGACAACGAGCCCAACAACAGCAAGGAGAAAGCCAAGAGCGCCUCAGAGAACAGCACCCCUGAGCACCAGGGCGGGGGGCUGCUCCGCAGCAAGUUCCCAAAAAACAAACCCUCAGUGAACAUCAUUGAGGCAUAACAGCUGCUGCUGACGGACUCCACUUCUCACGCUCACUUCUGCCUCUGAGCCUCAAUGACCGGGAGGUGAAAUGCAUCGGAGCGAUUGGGAAGGGGACCCAGCAACUGUCACUUGAUGGCACAGCUCCUUCCUUAUCUGUGCUCUGCAAACAUCUGACCGGAAGGAAAAACCCUGCAAAAACAAAACCACCCAAACCCAACCAAGAUGGAAAAGCACCAGUGAGAGCUGCUGCCUGCAGUCCUGCGUGGGACUCAUGGAUCACUGCACGGCAGCGGCCUCUCAUGCUCUCCACCCUCACACUCCGUCUCCUGGAACAAUUUUCUCAUCUUUGGAAACGUGCAAUGUUUUGUUGUAGCGCCGUCUCACCGUCGCCCCAUCUCGGCUGUACCGCUGUGAGCUCCAGCACUGCUCACCAGCACUGCCCCCGAGCCAGCAGGAACGACGGCCGGCAGCCCACUGCAGACAGGCGUGCGCUGCUUUGUGCUCUCAGCUUGCUUUGUUCCAUUGGCACGUGCUGUGCAAUGUCUCACAGGCGGGGUUGAUAAGAAACAAAGGAAGAGAUGCACCCCGGGCUGCAGUCCCACUGCGGGGCUCCCUUGGCUGCUCCCCAGCCGGGUUCCAGCACCGCUGCCUCCCAUCACACGGUGCCGUUCUGCAUCUCAGACAUUUGGGGCGCAGACCAGGAUGAGGGGGCACCAGAAGUUCCCGUUCAGCUUCCAGGAUAAAUCCAACCAUCUUCUUCGUGGUAUUCUCAGCAGCUGCAGUGUGAGAACACUCCAUCGAGACGUAGCCAGUCAGACAAAAAAAAAAAGAAAGAAAAAAAAACAGAAAAAAGAAAGAAAAAAACCUGACGAUACCGGUCGCUAUGCAAGGUCUCGGUGGCAAUGGCCAUUUGUUGCAGAAGGCUUUUGCCUAAGGGACCUUUUUCUGAGGGCUUCAGUUCUUAACGGCUUCUCCUCACAGGAGCAGAGGAAGGCCUGGCUGUGCUCCGUGAUGCCGGCAGCCCCCCACGCACGGGGGGCACGGAAGGGGCCGGGUCUCCUCCCUGCUGGGACGCCUGGGCGUGCAUCGCAUGGAACAGAUGGACUCCGGCAGCGUGCCAUGGGCUAUCCGGAUUUACCCGCUCCACAAAACCACUCCACACGCACGAGGGGAUGAGGCAAGGUCCUGUUUGCUCCAUCAGACAGGUUGGCCUGAGGAGGACGUUACCCUCUUUACACCGCACCUGAGUUGAAGUCCCCGCGCGGAACCCGGCCGGCAGCCAACGCCGCUCCGCCUCCGCAGCGCCGACAACGGGGGGGGGGGCGGCACCAGGAAUCCGCCCGGCUUUGUGGACAAGAAGGGCUUCCCCGAGCCAGCGCCAGGCCAACCCGUGGUCUCUUCCAGGGAUCCUCUGCCAGAACUCCUCCAUCACCGAGAGGGAGAGGUCAACACCUCUGAUACAGACAGAGCAAUAAACAUUUUAUAACGUACAAUAAAAGAUCAAAGGUGUGUCUUGUUUGAA